AUCGAUCUUCACUGUUUUACUGCAGCGCUGCUACUCGAACUGAAGAAGAAAACAGAAAGUGGGGCGAAAUAAAAAACCCUAACCCUAGAAAUCCAUCAAAAGAGAUCAUGGCUGAAGGUGGUGGAGCGUCGUUAAAGGAUCAGGGCAACGAGUUCUUCAAAGCUGGGAACUAUCUCAAAGCCGCUGCCCUUUACACUCAGGCCAUCAAGCUCGAUCCCUCGAAUCCCACCCUCUACAGUAAUCGUGCAGCAGCAUUCUUACAUCUUGUCAAACUCAAUAAGGCUCUUGUUGAUGCUGAGACAACAAUCAAACUAAACCCUCAGUGGGAGAAGGGACACUUCAGGAAAGGUUGUGUUUUGGAGGCAAUGGAGAGACAUGAAGAUGCUAUCAUUUCAUUUCAAGAAGCCUUGAAGUUUAAUCCAAAGAGCUUAGAAGUAUCCAAGAAGAUCAAGAGGCUCACACAAUUAGCAAUAGAAAAGAAGCAAGCUGAAGAACGCGAGAGUAUCAGGUCCAGCGUUGAUAUGAGAAAAUAUUUGGAUCCUCUGAGAUCAGAAAUAUCUGGAAAACUUGGAGCUGUGGAGGAAAGUGAAGAAUUUUUUUCUUUUGCUGUUGAAACGAUGGAGUCAGCUAUAAAAGUCUGGCAUGAGACUGGAAAAGUGGAUCCAAGAGUCUAUUUCCUUCUCGAUAAGCAGAAGACACAGACGGAUAAAUAUGCCCCGGCUGUCAAUAUCGAUAAGGCAUUCGAGUCUCCAGAGACGCACAGUAGCUGUUUCACCUUUUUAAGACAGUAUGCAGAGGAGUCAUUUUCUCAGGCUGCUUGCUUGGUAGCACCCAAAAGCAUUAUAUCGUAUCCACAGGUUUGGAAAGGUCAGGGAUCAAGAAAAUGGAGGCAUGGGCAGGGUGAUGGCUUCUUUGUGCAAUUUGAGUCACCUGUGCUACGAAAGUUGUGGUUUGUUCCUAGUUCAUCUGAGAAGGGGAAAACCUUGUGCAGCCUUAUUUCUCUCAGGGACCCUGCAGCUUUGGAUGUUAGUGCUCAUGAAGUGCUUCCAAGGAUUUUUAAGGAAUCCAACUCACCUCUAUGAACACCCUUGUUGUUUUGAGACCAAAGAUGGUUCCAAGAAUGGUAUAAUAUAAAGAUCCACCCUCAUCAAGCUUAAUUAGAAUAUCGAGGAUCCGUAAUGACUGCAAUGCAAAGAAUCGCCACUAAGGUUUAUCAAUUUUGUAUAUUAUUUUUUGUAACUGUAGUGUAAACAAAUUUUGCUAGUUGAAAUCAUCAUAUGCUUAUUUACUUGUAAGAUAUUUGUCAUCUCACGCGCAUGCCACUUAACCUGUGUUUAGUGAGUUUUCCAGUCAAUAUCUGUAGAUUGCAGAUGAGUGGUUGUGGUUUUGGUUCAAUUCAUGAUUUGGUUCUUCAAUGAAUGUCAGGUUUGGCCGUGUUGUAUAAACAUUUUCUUCUUAUUAGUAAUGGAGUGUUUAUCUUGCUCA